UGGUGGUGCCAGCGAGACUUUUUAGUGAGCCAGAGAGCUGUCAAAGACGUUGGCAGAAAUGACGAUGUCUCAGGGAAUGGAAAUUGGUGAAAAUUGUGGUAAAUUGUGAAGUUAUUAAUGCAUACAGCGGUGCACAAUGAAAUGGCGAAGGCGCCGAUUGCGGGUGAUAUAAAAUAUUCCUGGCAAUCAUGCGAUUUCUGCCCAAUGGAAGUGUUCAAGUCAUCGUCGGAAUUCGUCAGGCAUCUCAGGGAGAAGCACUGCACCAGAGAAGGUGGCUCCUUUGUCUGUCGCUAUGGCAGCAACAGUGUCUGUGCCACUCUUCCUCUGGACGGUGUCAGUGACCGGGAUUAUGAGAGUCAUGUGAACAGAUACCAUGUCAGUCAAAUCAGCAAAGGUCCUGAACAGUGGUCAGUCUUUUCGGCAGCUCAGAAUCUCCCGGCAGUGCUCAAUGAUCCCAAUCGCAGUAAACAAACCACCUUCUUCACACGGACCUGGGGUGAUUCCUUUGUGGAUCGCACGGCUUCUCCGCCAACUGGACGCCUUCCGGACAUCACGUGGAAUCACUUUCAGAUCUACCUGACGAAGAUUGGAAAGCGAUACAAGCGUCAUAGUCGUUUUGAGAAGCAUCUUUCUGUCUCAUCUAGUCACAUUGGACACCAUCUCAAUGGCAGUGAUUUAUCCGGGGAUUACGGACUCAAAGACAUUCCACAGAUCUUCAUGAAGCCCCAUCUCGAGCUCAGCAAUCCGGCAACAUUCAGUUCGGUGUUCCCGGGUGUCGGGGAUAGUGCCAAUACCAGUCAAUCCGGAAGGCUUCUGCAGGAAAAACUCAGUCACUAUCUGGAUAUUGUGGAAGUGCAAAUAGCACGGCAGGUUUCUCUAAAAUCAUCAGCUUUCUUCCAUGCAAUGACUUCCCAGGACACGAUUAUGGCACAGAUGAGGGAGGCGAGUGCCGAUGUGAGGCAACUACGGAACAAAUUGCGCCAAAUUGAUGAAGCUCAGGUGAAGGAGGCUCUUCUGGUGGCCAAAUUGGCCAGAACAAGAACUCACUAUUGGAGCGUUUUGGAGAAAUUGCGUCUGAUGGCCACUGUGCAUCAGACUCAGCCAAUGAUUCAGCUCCUUUUGGGCACUCAGGAUUACGUAGCAGCCUUGGAUCUCAUCUGGACAACGCAGGAAAUUGUAGCUCAAGAACUCAUUGGUAUUCACUGCUUCCGGCAUCUUCCGUCGCAAUUGAUGGAGAUGGAGCGUCUUGUGGACAAAAUGCUGGCCACGGACUUUGAGAAGUAUUCCACAGCUGAUCUAAAUCGCCCUCUGAGUGCCGAUGAGAAGGUUCUGGAUGAAGAUAAGCUCGUGUGCAUAAUUUCUGGGAUGCUGCGAAAGAAGAAUUUCAGUUUUAUCGAUACCUACAAGGAGGAAGCGAUUGUGGCGAUUAAAGCGAUUGUGAAGCAACUUGUGAUUGAGGUGAUAGCAUCGGCAGAUGAGGAGAUUUGUCUGACGGGUGCAGGAGAAGAGGCACAGAGUCUGUCGCUGGGAGAAUGGAUAAGACUUCUGGAAUCAGCGACAGGGACACUUCUAAAGCUCCUGAAACGGGUCAAAGCUGUGCACAAUGUCAUGCAGCAUACGGCUGAUGCAAGUGCCGGAAAGGUUGAUGCUACUUUUCUGGAUUCUGAAGCAUUCCUCUCGCCAGAAGAUCAUCGGGUGGUGCAACUGAGGCUGGGUGAUCUUCUGCACACAAUCUCCAAUUACUGCCAUGAGCGCUGUGCCAAUCUCGUGUCCAAUGAGAGCCUCGAGAGGAGUUCAGUGACAGCUGAGGAUAUUUCAAGGCUAAGUGGGAUUGUUGGGGACUUCUGCAGUGGCUGCAGGGAGAUCUGUGGCAGUCAGAGUGUGGCUCUCAAAGUGGCUGUGACUAAUCAAGGCACUCGUUUUGCCAAUAAAUUCCACACAGAACGAAAAUCCAAGUUGGCGCUGCUACUGGACAACGAAAGGUGGAAGCAGGCGGAUGUUCCGGCGGAAUUUCAGAGGAUCGUCGAACAUAUCGGACGCGGGCAGUUUGAGUGGAGUCAUGAAGAUGGCACGCACGGCUCUCCGCCUUCUGCGGUUCUUCUUGUGGAUGGUGAACCUUAUGCCCUGGUGGGAGCUGCUCUGCUUCUCGUACAAAUUGUCAGUGAAUACUGUCGCUGUGCUCAGCAAUUGCCCCUAAUCUCUGCUCAGCUCUCCCGGAGCAUUGUUGAUCUCCUGCGAACAUUCAAUUCGCGUUGCUGUCAACUUGUUCUCGGAGCAGGAGCACUCCAUGUCGCUGGCCUUAAGACAAUUACCAGUGGAAACUUGGCUCUUGUCUCCAGAGCCCUGCAGCUCGUGCUGUGGCUUUUGCCGCAUGUCAAGGAGCACUUUCAGCGGCUGGAGGGCAAUGGGGCAGUUGUGACGGGAUAUGAGACUGUUGAGAAGGACUUUGUGAGUCACAUUAAAGAAAUUGAGAAUAAAGUGCUGUCGAUUGUUUGUUCCCUGGUGGCCAAUCAACUUGGCAGUUGGGAUGCUAGGCCACCAGUUCCAUCUCAAGCAUUCCGGAAUAUCUCUAGGCACUUUGUCAAGCUCCAUGAGGCCAUAGCGCCCAUUUUGCCGGACGUUCAGGUGCACAGUAUCUACAGGAUUGUCCAUAGGAGCUUCAAGGAUAAACUCCGGGAGCAGAUUGUCAAGUAUAAUAUUGUUAACAAUGGAGGGCCACAGCAUGGCGUUGUGACGUCCGAGCUGACCUUCUAUUUGGAGACUCUGAGGACACUGAAGGCCAUGCCGGCGAAUGAACUUCGUGAUGAGAGUCUCAAUGAUAUCUGGAUCAAAUGAUUCUAUUUGACACUUCACCAAAUCCACAUUUCUUUCCUCCAAUUAGAUUCUCUUUUAAAUAAAUUUUCAGUCUUUAUUUCUUUUGUAUAUUAGAAUUAUUUAUGUUGUACAGUAAAUGGCAAGAGUUGCAACUUAAAUUAAAAAAAAGAACAUGAAACACUUUCAUUUUGUUGCGGAGAGCACAGAAGUGAAUUUUAAAAUGAAAGAAAAGAAAAAUGUUUCUUAAACUUUAAGUGCAAUAGGAGUAACAAUUAUACAUAUUUAUCAAAUAUAACUAUUGUGUAAAUAAAUAAUUAGGUAAUAAUCUA